AUGAAAUCUAUUGACAUUGCUGAUCAGACGACUUCUCAUCGUGCAGAAUCAAUACUUUCUGCAACAUCAGGACGAGAUAUGCCUGCAAUCUCCAGGGUCUCAACCAAACGGACGAGUCAACAUGCCACCCUUGCAUCACCAUUUACCAACACCUAUACGAACUCUGAGAUUCAUUCAUCAACUACCAAUAAUACCACAGGUACAUUCCAUUCCAAGUUUGGGUCCUAUGCAUCCAAAACUAAAUCGAUCCUCAAAAAAUAUUCUAAAUUCAUCGGACCCGGGCUUGUAGUUUCCGUCAGUUAUCUCGAUCCAGGUAAUUACCAAACUGCAAUCACCGCAGGUAGUUCCAACAAGUACUCAUUACUUUUCAUUAUUUUUCUAUCCAACGUCAUUGCCAUCUUCUUACAAAGUCUUUGCAUCAAACUCGGUAGUGUUACCGGCUACGACCUCGCACGCUGCUGCCGCGAAUACCUCCCCAAGAAAUUGAACUAUGUCUUGUGGAUUCUUGCCGAGUGUGCAAUUAUUGCUACCGAUGUUGCCGAGGUCAUUGGUAGUGCCAUUGCAUUAAAUAUCUUGAUCAAAGUCCCACUACCCGCUGGUGUGUGCAUCACUAUUGUUGAUGUAUUGUUUGUUAUGAUGACAUAUCGUGCCGAUACGUCGCUGAUGCGGUUCGUGAAAAUCUUUGAGUACACUAUUGGUACUCUAGUUAUGGUUGUUGUUAUUUGUUUUGCAAUUCAGUUGUCGCAAAUACAUGCGGAUGCAAAAGAAAUAUUUCGUGGAUUUGUUCCGAGUAAACAGAUGUUUGACGGUAAUGGUAUGACUGUGGCCACUUCCAUUGUUGGUGCAACAGUGAUGAUCCAUUCACUUUUCCUUGGCUCGGGAUUGGUGCAACCUAGACUUCGCGAGUUUGACGUAAAGAAUGGAUAUGUAAAGCUCGAGGAAAUCACCCUGCAAGACGUUGAAGAGAAGGAAAAAGAUAAGACAAGUGAAUGCAAUGAAAGAACCACAAGUCACAAUGAUGAUGAUAAUGAUUGUGGAGACACUUCCGAUGUAUCUGGAUUCUCGAGUUCUCCAGUGGGAGUUGCUGUCGCUGCUUCAAAUAUUGUAAGUGAAAAAGCAUCAAACCAUAAGGUUUCUACAUAUGAAAAAGAAGCAAGCUAUUUCUACAACGAGUACAAGCCAUCGUACCAGUCUAUCAAAUACUCCCUCAAGUACUCCAUUAUUGAACUUACGAUUACGUUGUUCACCAUUGCGCUCUUUGUCAAUGCGGCUAUAUUGAUUGUUGCCGGUGCAACAUUAUAUGGCACGCAAGAGGCAAUGGAUGCAGAUCUAUACACAAUUCAUGAUCUCAUUUCAAAGUCUAUUGCUCCGGCAAUGGGUACAAUCUUUAUGGUUGCACUUUUAUUCAGUGGUCAGAGUGCAGGUAUUGUAUGCACCAUUGCAGGACAAGUUGUCAGUGAAGGACAUAUCAAUUGGACUUUGAGACCAUGGUUAAGAAGAUUGAUCACUAGGGGCAUCUCUAUCGUCCCUUGCUUGAUCAUAAGCUUAUGUAUUGGAAGAAAUGGAAUGGGUAUUGCGCUAAACAUCUCACAAGUUAUCAUAUCAAUCUUGUUACCACCAUUAACAGCCCCAUUAAUCUAUUUCACUUGCUCCAAAAAAAUCAUGCGUGUGAAGUUGGGCAGUAGUGAUCAAGAUGAAAGUGGCGUGGAAGUAAGCGAUGACGAUGAUAAUAUAGAAGGAGGAGGGGAGGACCACAACAAUGAUGCAAGAUAUAAAAUUAUGACCAAUAAUUGGAUAACCUCUAUCAUUGCUGUUGUCAUUUGGAUCUUUGUGUCAGUGUUGAACGUGUAUGCAAUCUACGAAAUGGCCAAGAAUGGUGUGUCUGGAUAA